AUGGUAGUUGCUGAAUCGACUCCCAAUGAAGAUGUUGAUUCUGAAUCAAAAACUUGCGGCAAGAUUCUGGUGGUACUCUCCUGGAUCCUUGUCAUUGUGACGAUGCCAUUCUCCUUAUUCAUAUGCUUUAAGGUCGUGCAGGAAUACGAAAGAGCCGUAAUCUUUCGCUUAGGAAGAUUACUUUCGGGAGGCGCUAAAGGACCCGGAAUAUUCUUCAUACUACCCUGUAUAGAUUCUUACGCCCGCGUGGAUCUCCGCACCCGCACUUACGAUGUACCCCCUCAAGAGGUGCUAACCAAGGACUCGGUGACCGUAUCAGUCGACGCUGUGGUGUACUACCGUGUUCAUAACGCAACAAUUUCCAUUGCAAACGUGGAAAAUGCCCACCACUCUACGAGGCUUUUAGCUCAAACUACUCUCCGCAAUACGAUGGGAACUAGGCCACUUCAUGAGAUCCUGAGUGAGCGGGAGACCAUUUCCGGCAACAUGCAGAUAUCUCUCGACGAAGCGACCGAGGCCUGGGGCAUUAAGGUGGAACGAGUUGAAAUUAAAGAUGUGCGUUUGCCCGUUCAACUACAACGUGCAAUGGCAGCGGAGGCGGAGGCAGCACGAGAAGCUCGCGCCAAGGUGAUCGCAGCAGAAGGAGAACAGAAAGCCUCAAGAGCUUUACGUGAAGCUUCUGAAGUCAUUGGGGACAGUCCUGCUGCUCUGCAACUGCGCUAUCUUCAGACACUUAACACCAUUUCUGCGGAAAAGAAUUCGACCAUCGUGUUUCCUCUGCCCAUAGAUCUUCUGACGUAUUUCUUAAAAGCAAAAGAAGAAUCU